CGGAAAAAACUCAAAAUCCAAAUCCAAAUCCGAAUCCAAAUCGUGUCUCUGCUACUCCCUUUGUCCGCAUCUCUGCAGCGCAACUGCUCCGAAAAUGGCGUUAUUCAUGAUUCAGAUUCUCUCUAAUAAUAAAUAAAAAGAAGCAUUUGAUAUGUUGUAAUUUAAAAAAAAUAAAAUCAAAACGAGAGAGGAAAAGGGAAAGAUAAUCUCUCGAUCCGUAUCUGAGCUGCAUUUUCAUCCUUUCCUUUCAAAAAGGGUUUUGAUGUGGGACGUGUUUCGAUUUCCGAGCGGGGGUGAUGAAGAACUCGAGCUGUUUUUGUGGAUCUGAGCUGUGUUUGGGAGGAUUUUGAUUGAGGAUAAGGCGAUGGGAUCGGGCAGUAGCAAGGACGCCGCUGCAUUGCCGUCUUCUUCAGAUGGAGUCCGUGAAGCGCGAUUUAAGGGAGCUAGGGUUUUCCACUCCUCCUGUCUUGGUGGAUCCUCUGAUUCUUCCGAUGAUGAAGAUCAGGUUUCAGGUCUUCAAUACAAAGAAGGUGGGAGGUUGAAAAAUGAAAUAUGUACAGAUCAAACAGGAAUAAAAUCUGAUACUAAGCCUGAAUGCUGUGGAAAGGUCCAAAUUACCCGAUCUAAUCAAGCACAAUCUAUCUCUUCUGAUGCUGAGCUUGAUGGUUGCAGUCAAGAAAGAGACGCCCAUAUUGAUUCUGGUGCUGGAAGCAGCUCUUCCCAAAAAGUUGUUUCUAGAUCAUCAAGCCGUUUGAGCCGCUCCCUUUCACGCUUUAAUUUCAUCCCCGACAACAUAAGUUUCAGGCUAAGCAGAGCAGCCAGCUUGGGUUCAUCUUGUUCUUAUUCUUUCUUUUCGACAAGCAUCCCAGCUUCAAACUCGGAAGAAGGAUUUCACACACAUUCAGGUUCUGAUAGUUCAGAUAGCAUAGAUGGAAUCCGUGCACACAGUAGCCAUGUUGAAUUACCUUGUACUAAUUUAUCACCUGUAUCUCAGUACCAUGAUCCUUCGUCUGUGGCACAACAAGUAGACCCUCCCAUUUCUGUCCAUUCACAUAUCGAGAAUAUUGUUCCUUCCCAAGAUGUGGCCCGAAACAAUACCAGUGGGAGGCCUGAUUCUGCUGUAAAUGGAUAUUUUCAGAGGAAUCAUGCAGACAUUGAAAGCACUGAAACCAGACGUUUUGAUAGACGCAUUGGAGCUCAAGAACCUGUAGAAGGGAGUGUUCGGUUUAGCCGAACUCUUAGUGUUGGACGACUUCGCGAUAGAGUACUUCGCAGAACCUCAUUCCCUGAGGGAUUGUUUCGUCACCUUCAAGAAGAUAGGGUAGUAGGAGAUACUAUCCAAGGUAAUGUCAGACGGUUUUUGGGUGGCAGGACAAGAAUAGAAUCACCUGAUGGGAAUGCUGACAUGUUGCCAAGUUCUUCUAGUCAGAAUUUCUCUAGUGCAUCUAGCUCCAUGAAUGGCAGACAGGAUUAUGAGCUUGAAAGUCUACAACUGAGGGAAGCCAGAAAUCAAGCUUUUGUGGAGCGUAGAACUGCUUUCCUUGAAAGGAGAAGAAGAAUAAGAUCUCAGGUCCGUGCACUUCAGCGGCUGGGCAGUCGCUUUGAGAAUUUGUCUGGGCAUGACAGGGCAUGUAUAUUGUCCGGUCAGCAUAGAACAGGUCAAUGUACAUGCCGAGCAAGCAGUCGACCCGUCAAUCCAGAUGAGGACACAAGCACUAGAGCUAGCAUAUCAAGAAUUGUUAUGUUAGCAGAAGCACUAUUUGAGGUUCUGGAUGAAAUUCACCAGCAAUCUGUCGUUUUGUCCUCCCGACCUUCCGUGUCUUCUAUUGGAUCUGUUCCUGCACCAAAGGAAGUAGUAGAAUCGAUGCCUGUAAAGAUAUAUGCAAAGCCACAUAAACAUCAGAAUGAGGAGGUUGCACAGUGUUACAUAUGCCUCGUGGAGUAUGAUGAAGGAGAUUGCAUGCGUGUAUUGCCUUGCCAUCAUGAUUUUCAUCGAACUUGUAUAGAUAAAUGGCUGAAAGAGAUCCACAGGGUAUGUCCACUUUGCCGCGGGGAUGUUUGCAGAUCUGAUUCAUCACCCCCAGUGAAAGUAGAUUGAAGAAGAUGCAUGUGGCCUACUGAUGCAUGUGCUGCCGUGCUCUCAGGGUUUGUGCCUGCUUUCUGGAAGGCCCAGUUACCUGGGAGGUUGUGCAUUUUCGAUUCUGGCUCUCCUGUAAAACCUACCUUUUGGGUUAUAGUGCUUUGGGAAAGCUUAUUCCAUUUCAGCUAGAGUCAAGAGGUUUCCUCAUUGCUUUUCUUGACUUACCUGGAUUAAACAGAUCAAAGCCAGGCAUCCAGUGAAAAUGGACUGGACGACUUUCCAACAGUGACAAGCUCUGGAGGAGCCUGGAACUUUCAGAGGGAGAGAUCCAUUUUGUUUUUUGAACUCAAAGAUUAUUAAUGUGAUUAGUAAAUCCCCCCUUUGAUUAUCCA